UUCCAUGAGAACCACAACACGCUCAUGCUUGAGUACGCUGCGUGAUCUCACGCGAUGCUUGGAUGAGCAGCUUCUUUCGCUUCCUCUAUAGUCCUUCCGUGGCUGACAAGCCAGUCAGUUAUGCUUCGCUCUCACCUGCGCAACGCUUUACGCAAUUCAAACUGACUUGGCUCACUGUUCAGCGCAGUAGUGCACUCUCUGGCAGGCAUGAGCGACAGCAAACACUCAUCUCUCUUGUCGAUACGCUUUCUUCGAUUCUACAUGACGAAGUGACGAGACAAGGCAGAGGGCAGCGAGCGUCCUCGACAGCCGGAAGCUAUGGCAAAUCUUGCUUAGAGUAUGCUCUACAGCGAGACGUCUUUGGCUGGUUGGUCGAGCUUGCCAUUUCUCAAAAGCUUGGACAAGAUGGAGAGCUAGGGCUAGCUAGAUCUGUGGCUGGCUUCUUGACCAGCCUGGUAGAAUCUCAAGACGACGACUUUUUAACGCACGAAGUUGUCUGCAAAGCGCAUUUACGACUCCUUCGAUUUCUGGGACAUCUCAGAAUACCGGCUGAUAGCGAAGAGGCUAGGGAGUCGAUGAUGGAGCUGCUCUUUGCGAUUUGUCAAAAGAUUCGCCAUUUCAGACCAUUGCUGGCCAUGUUUUUCGAUGCGGACGCUUGGCGAGCACGGAACGAUAGACCCAAUGCUGAAUCUUGCCAAGAAGAUGAGUUCCUCAUUUUUCAUCUCUUGGCAAGUCAAAUGCAUCGUACAGGCCGUGCUGGCGAUUUCGCACGCGCUGGCUUACUGAUGAUUGUUGAAUCUGCGAAUGAUUCUGAUGAGGUCCAGCGAUGGAUUGCUGAGUCCGAUUUCCCGACUGUACAAAUAGACGGGCGAGAUGGUAUUGGCAAGUUCCUCGACAGUCUCCGAUAUUGGCAAGAUAUUCUCAAUGCAGCGAUAGGAACAGACUUGAGGCAGGCUCUGCUCGACACUUUUCAAAUCCUCUUCCUGCAAAGCAUCUUGUAUCCAUCGCUUCUUGGCACGGAAGCAGACGAUGCAGCUUGUUUUUCUUAUCUCGCGUCCAUCAUGCGCAUCAUCUCUCACCCAGACUUGGUGGAUGUGACACUUAGCUACCUCUUUGCAACAGAUGCCAGCAAGCAGACCUCGAACGCCGCCAAGCGUGCAACCAUCAUGAUCCGCCAACAACUCGAGUUUGCGCCAUCGCUCUUAUCCCUCAGCGACAUGAUUAUGGCCAACUUGAAGUCUUCAUCCACAGAGACACGCGUUGCCACCAUUCAUCUUGUGGAAGCGCUGAUGCGGGAUCACUGGCACUAUUGUAUCCACUCACUCAUGAAGACUGUUGCUGUUCCGAAAGGUCACGCAACCAUUGGCCAUCACAGGAAGGAAAUGGCUAUUCUGCAGGGUUUGACUAGUACCUCUCAAGAAUUGAAUGCAAGUCAAGCAUUCGAUUGCUAUCUACAAGACACAUUUGUUCAUUUGGAGGCUCAGAAUAUGUCCAUUGAUGCACUAUUUGAGGCAUCCAGCGUUCAACACAAUCUCACAUCAGGUCGACAAUUGCCAAAACACUUCUUCCACAGUAUAGCGCCAGAAGAUCCAUUACUCUGCAUCCUACUCGGUCUACUUGCAAACUGGUUCACAAACGAUGUAUCCCUCAAUCUAGCACUGACAGGUCUUUUGCAUGCAUUGGCAUCGUGCAGGUAUCGUAGUCUUGCCGGUUGGUUGUUGUUUGCACCUGCUGAUUCAUGGCAUGGCGAGCCAGGUGCGAUUGCACCAGAUUAUACAAUGCAGUCACCGGAGGACAUCGAGGACGCCGCUUUACUGAAGGAAUUGAAGGAGACGGAGGAAUUACUCGGGCAUGCGCAAGGAUUGGAGAUUGACGAUGAUGCAUCUGAUGAUGAAUUGGCGUUUGCUUCAAGUGAGCGCAGACAAGCUACUGAACAGGCAUCUUUGUUGCCAAGCUGGACGCGGUUCCCUCCUUUGUUGACCAUGCUCAAGACUCUGAGUGCUCAACGACGUCACUAUCAAAGCGAAAACGACACACUCGAGACAGAAAUUGCAGAACGCAGGCGAGCUUUCACGAGUGUAGAAGAAGGUGGCGAGGUUAUCCAAGCAAUGCUUGUUGCUGAAGCACUGGCCAGUCCGACAGCACAGUCACCAUCUGCACAGAAAGCAGAACAAAGAAGCUUCUUGUCGCCGACAUUGUCAAGAAGAUUGACGGCACCGUCUAUCCUCAGACGCAUGACGAGCAGAUCUUCUGUUCCCAGCACGCCAUCGAAGCCAAGCAGCGGCACUGAUAAGACAUGUAGUUCACCAUUCGCUGAACAUUUCAGUACGACACAACGGUUGGUGCCUGCAUUACAUCCAAUUGAGUUUCAUACGUUGGCUGGUGGCAACUCGCCUGACUCACCCACAGAUGGUUCUGCGCCAAGUCGUGCAGAUGGCCCGUCUAAGCCAGAUAGCCAGCGGCGCAUCAGUCGACAGAGUGCUUCAUUGGAUCCUGGUCAAUUGGCAACGAGCAGACUCAUCAACAACAUCAUCUUGUUUGAGGAAUUGGUCAAGGAACUCACUAGUAUCGCACAGGUUCGAAGAAUCUUAUUUGAGCGUGAUGCUUGUCUAUUCACCUAAUGCAUACACAACUUCCCACCAGCCUUGCCCUUGUGAUGUGCUCUAAUUGCUGGAGAAUUUUGCCUUGCCGAGGUCGAAGGGGAUGUACUUGUACUUGACCAUGUGUUGAAUUUGACGUCGCAUGGUGAGGAAGAAGAGGACAAUGAAAUACAUAAGCAGGAUGGGCCAAAACACUGGAAUG